AAUUUAGCAAAUCUCUCUAUUUCUCACCUGUGCAUAAUCAUGAAAAACUAAUACCAACACACCCAAAGAAAGUAGAAGAGCUUUUUAACGGACCCUUUUUAAUUUUUAUUUUUUUCUUUGCCGCUUGCUCUUUGUCGUUCAUAUAUCAUCCUUCUUUGGGUUUUUCUUCAAUUUCGAUAAGAAUAAAAGCUUUUUCUCUGCUGCUCUGCUUUUUUGACCUUCCCCUACACGUUAUACUCGCUACUUCACUAUUAAUUUUCAGCUAUAUAAACCUCUCUUUUGCUCCUACAAAUUAUUCAGUCCAAAACAUUUUUAGCAUAUAUAGUAAAAGGAAAGAAAAAAAAUGGUGGACAAUGGUCAUGUAAUGUCGAUAGUUCUGAGAGAAUUUGAUGCAAAAAAAGAUAGCAAAGAAGUGGAAGAAGUUGAAAGAAGAUGCGAAGUUGGCCCGACUGGUAAACUCUCUCUUUACACCGAUCUUUUGGGUGACCCAAUUUGCAGAGUUCGCAAUUCUCCUGCCUAUCUCAUGCUGGUAGCAGAGAUAGUGGUGCAUAAUGGAAAAAACGAAGAGAGAUCAAUAGUAGGGAUGGUAAGGGGUUGCAUCAAAACCGUUACGUGUGGGAAAAAACUCUCAAGGAAUGUCAAAAACGGCUCUGAUUCCACUAAGCCGCUUCCAGUCUUCACCAAACUCGCUUAUAUUUUAGGCCUCCGUGUUUCUCCUGCUCACCGGAGAAUGGGAAUUGCGUUAAAACUGGUGUGCGGAAUGGAGGAGUGGUUUAGAGGUAAUGGUGCCGAAUAUUCGUACAUAGCUACUGAAAACGAUAAUCAAGCUUCCAUUAAGCUCUUCAAUCACAAAUGCGGUUACUCCAAGUUUCGUACCCCGUCCAUUUUGGUCCAACCCGUUUUCGCUCAUCGGGUUCGGGUAUCUACUCGGGUCACUAUCAUCAAGCUCAACCCAACUGACGCUGAAACCCUAUACCGCCGCCGAUACUCCACCACCGAGUUCUUCCCCCGCGACAUUGAUUCCAUUCUCAACAACAAUCUCAAUCUCGGUACCUUUCUAGCUGUUCAGAAGGGGCUUUACUCAGCCCAAACUUGGCCCGGUGUAGACGAUUUAUUGGCCAAUCCCCCCGAGUCAUGGGCUGUGCUGAGUGUGUGGAAUUGUAAGGACGUGUUCAAUCUGGAAGUCCGCGGCGCAUCGAGAAUGACAAAGUUUCUUGCUAAGAUGACCCGUUUAGUGGACCGGGCUUUUCCAUGGAUGAAGGUACCGUCGGUGCCGGAGGUUUUCAAACCAUUUGGGCUUCACUUUUUGUAUGGGCUUGGUGGUGAAGGCCCACUAGCCAUUAAAUUGAUGAAAUCCCUAUGUGAUUUCGCUCACAAUUUGGCCAAAGAAUCGGAUUGUAGCGUGGUGGCGACGGAGGUAGCGAGCGGGGAACCGUUGAGGUUAGCAAUCCCACACUGGAAGAAGCUAUCAUGCGCUGAGGAUCUAUGGUGCAUGAAACGAUUAGGGGAAGACUAUAGUGACGGGUCUGUAGGUGACUGGACAAAAUCACAACCUGGUCUUUCCAUAUUUGUUGAUCCUAGAGAAGUCUAACUUUUAUAAAAAAUAGGGGGGCUCCAUGUCCUUUCACAAUAGUAGAGAAUCUAAUUUUAGAAGUUCAAAGAAAAAGCAGGUGGUAAAGUUGAUAUUUCCCUUUUAGUAGGUUCUGUUUCUUUUUUCUUUUUUCAUUUUAAUUUCAAGUAAAUUUAAAUUUUUUAUAUAACUAGAUAUAAGUUUAAGAAGAAAUGAGAAAAUAUGUAAUGAUGAUGUAGAGAAGAGUUUGUUUUGUUGUUGGUUAGCUGUAAAGGGGUGGAAUAUCCCACAUUUUAUGUAAAAUGGAUGUGGCUUUUUGAAUCCUCUUUCGGCCAAAGAGAAGGUGUAUCGGUUUGUUAUAUGCUGGAUUUUGUGUUAUUUUCC